AAGAAAACAAAACAUUUUCUGGAAGAAUUCUAUUGUUUUCUGCCUUUUUUAUUGAAGAUAAAAGGCAACCAAUCAUGAAUCAUCUGUUGGGUGUUUGUUUUCAUUGGUUGAGAGUUGAGAGUUGAGAGUUGAGAGUUGAGAGUAGAGAGUGCAUUUUAUAUUCAGUUUUUGUUGUUUUGGGAGUAAAGAAAAGGGUGAAGAAAAUACAUACACAUGUUUGAUUGUCUAAAGUUUGAUGCAGAUAGUCCAAUAAUGGGUUUGGCAUCAUCUACUUGCUGAGGUUUUGGUCCCUUUUUCAUUUUAUGAAGGUAAGCAACAACUCUGCGCUUUUACUGUUUCAAGAGAUUAGUCUGAAUGCAUGGAAGAAAGAAACAAAUGGAAGUAUCUAAUUUAUUAGAGGUAGCAAUGGCAUAAAGUAGGUUGAAGUUGACAUGAGGAUGGGUGGCCAUGUUGUUGUUGACACAUGAAAGGAACACAAGAGGUGAAACCAGGGAAAUUUAAUUUCAAUGGUGGAUGUUGUUUCCCUCAGAUCCAAGGAACUUCUCCUCUAGUUUCUACUAUUUGUUCUUGUCCUUGUUUUCUUGUUUCUAAUUUUUUGAUGACCCCAUUUCCCUUGUCCCCUUGUUUGCUAGAGAGAGACAAGGCACCGACUUUGACAAUGAUUUGGAUUUGGGUUUCUUGAAUCAUCUAUUUCCUUCUGUUCCAGGAAUUUAUCAAAGAUUUUUGAGGGGUAGAGAAAUUAAAGAUUUUUUGGACUGUUCUCCGCUGGGGUUUAAAUAGAGAAAGGGUCUAUGAUAGGGCUAUUCUAGCGUCUAGCUUCACUGUUUCAAUAUAACCUUUGAUUUUGAACUUUUUAUGUCUAAAACGGGUCUUGUUACACUGUAGAGGAGAUUUGUUCUGAGAUCUUUUAAUUUCUUGCCGUAGGAAUCUUCUUGGUGUGUAUGUGCCAAUUGAACUUGUCAUUGAGAAGAGGUUUUGUUGAUAGGGUUAUUUGAAAUAGGAUAAGGCUAUUUGAAACAAGGUAUAAAUACAACCUAUGGAGGAAAUAACUUCGACGGUUUCAGUGCCAUUCUCACUUGGGAAUUUAAUACAAAAAGAUCCAUCAGUGACAACCCACAUGGAGAUAACCGGCCUAAAGCUCAGGGCAAACACUGCACCAGUAUUAAUAUUAAAUCCUGCAAUUGAAAGUGAAAAUCACACAGAUAGUGGUCCUCAACCCCAAAUUAAAGUGUCUUCAGAAGCAAAGAACAACCAGGUUGGAGCUGACCUUGUCUCAGAAAUGGUAAGUCAAGGAAACAAUAAUUGUUUCCAUGCUGAAAACCUAAAGCAGGCAAGAAAAGAAAUCCAAUCAUUGUUGGCUAAGGAUUUUAAGUGUGAGCCUAUCUCUCAAUCGACUCCUGCUGACAAAACUAGUCCUUGUAGGGAGGAAUCUUCUGUUUCUGUGGCUAAUUGUUGUGAAAUAAGUUCACCUAUCACCAUAAAGGUUGAUGAUAACACAGUUCAUGGAAGGGCAGGUUUGACUGAGCCGCCAGGUGCAGCUAUAGAGCCACUGCAGAACAUGGUUUCUGUUGCUAGGGGGCAUGAGAGUGAAGAUGGAAGUGGAUCAGAUGAGUCUGAUAAAAAACCAAUUUCUGUGGUUCAUGAGAUGCCGGAGAAGGCAACAUGCUUGGAAUUGAGUGGUGCCAUCAGUACUACCCCACUAUGGGGUUGCUCAUCGGUUUGUGGAAGGAGAGAGGAGAUGGAAGAUGCUAUUGCUGUUAGGCCUCAUCUUUUUCAAGCUCCUUCAAUGAUGGUAAUGGAUGAUUAUCUGAGUGAAAACUCAAACUUUUCACCAGCCCACUUUUUUGGCGUGUAUGAUGGACACGGGGGCUGUCAGGUUGCCGAUUACUGCCGGGAACAUCUUCAUUCAGUAUUGGUUGAUGAGAUAACAACUGCACAAUCGAGUUUUGAUGAACAGAAUGGGAGAGAAAACUGGGAGAACCAAUGGAAGAAGGCAUUCUCCAAUUGCUUUCACAAAGUAGAUGAUGAGGUUGGAGGGGUUGGUGAAGAUAAUGGAGCAAGUGUUGAACCUCUUGCUUCCGAGGCUGUUGGCUCCACUGCUGUGGUUGCCCUUUUGACUCAAACUCACAUAAUAGUUGCAAACUGUGGAGAUUCAAGAGCUGUCUUGUGUCGCGGAAAAGAAGCAAUGCCAUUGUCUGAUGAUCACAAACCAAAUAGAGAAGAUGAAUGGGAAAGGAUAGAAGCUUCAGGAGGAAGGGUCAUACAAUGGAAUGGGUACCGAGUUCUAGGUGUUUUGGCAGUGUCAAGAUCCAUAGGUGACAGGUACUUAAAACCAUGGGUAAUUCCAGAGCCAGAAGUGAAGUGUAUCCAGAGAGACAAAAACGAUGAGUGCCUCAUUCUGGCCAGUGAUGGAUUAUGGGAUGUCAUGACAAAUGAAGAAGCCUGUGACUUUGCAAGAAGGAGAAUCCUUCUUUGGCAUAAGAAGAAUGGCAACAACUCAUCAUCACAACAAGGCCAAGGACCUGACCCUGCAGCUCAGUAUGCUGCAGAGUAUCUAUCUAGACUUGCCCUUCAAAGAGGAAGCAAAGAUAACAUCUCUGUCAUUGUUAUAGACUUGAAGCCCCAAAGAAAAUUCAAGAAAAAAGAAUAAAAUA